AUGGUCCUCUCCAGCGCCGCGCUCAAGGGCAUCGCUGCGUACGAAUACCACCCCGGCGCGCUCACGUGGCUCGACACCAAGUUCAACCUCUACUGGAACGCUGUUGUCAACUUGCUGCCGACCUGGGUAGCUCCCAACGUCAUCACGCUCGUUGGCACAGCCAUUACCGUCAGCACCUCGCUCGUAUUCUUUCAGAGUGUGCCCACGAUGACCGAGACCGCCCCUCCCCACCUGUACCUCGUCUGCGCAAUCGGGCUCUUCCUCUACCAGACGUGCGACGCGAUCGACGGCAAACAAGCCCGGCGCACCGGAAGCUCGAGUCCUCUCGGGCAGCUCCUCGACCACGGCGGCGAUGCCAUCUGCAAUGUCUUUAGCAACUUGGCUGUCGGCGUCGCCAUCGGGACAGGUCCUACCUUGGGCCUGCUUCUCCUUCUCUCUAGCACGUCCGUGGUGUUCUUCCUCGCGCAGUGGGAAGAGUACCAUACAGGCACAUUGCGCUGCGGCAACGGCUACGUCGGCGUCACCGAAGGGCUCUUGCUGCUCAUGGCGCUGCAUGUGGUCACUGCAUUUUGCGGACACGCCUUCUGGGACACGCCAGUCACGUCAUCUCUCUCGGUCCGUGAUACCCUCUUGCUGCUCGUGGCGGUCGCCAUGACGCUGCAAGGCUACGACAAUGUCCAGAUGGUCUGUGCCGCGAUCGACACGCAGCAACAGCCACGCUGCUCCAAGACGCAAGCGCUCCUGCAGCUCGUGCCAACGGCGAGCAUUGUCCUCGGGUCCGUCGUGUGGAUGCAGUCCGAUGACGUGGCCGCGUACGGCUAUCCCUUCUUCCUCGCGAUUGGCCUCUCGCACGUGACGCUCUCGUCGCGCAUGAUUGUGAGUCACAUGUGCAAAAUCCCAUUCGCAGGCCAAGCCGACAUGGUGUGUCUCCUCGGUGCCGCGCUCGCGGCACUCGUGUCGACCAAUGUCCACGGCGCGACCAUUGCCACCGUGUACCUCAGUGUCGUCGUCGGCAUGCACAGCUGCUACAUGGCGAACGUCGUCCGCGAGAUUGGCGCGUACCUCGGCAUCUGCGUUUUGCUCAUCAAGCCGCGCGACUAAGAACUUAGUUAUAUAUAUAGAUCUUGAAGUAGA